AUGGAAUUGAAAUUGCUGGUAUAUUACAUGUACAAUACCGAGCUGCAGUGUUACAUUGUAUCAUACUAUAUCAAAAUGGCCACAGCGGUACAGAACCCCUUGAAAUCGCAGUCUGGAGGAACAGUCAUCAAGAACAGCCUGGGUGAGGAGUUCUACAGAGAGGCCAUAGAACACUGCCGCAGCUACAACGCCAGGCUGUGUGCUGAGCGCUCCAUGCGCUUGCCCUUCCUCGACUCCCAGACCGGCGGCCAGAGCAACUGCUACAUCUGGAUGGAGAAGAACCACCGGGGACCAGGGAUGGCUCCAGGUCAGCUGUACACGUACCCCGCUCGCUGCUGGCGCAAGAAGAGGAGACUCAACAUACUGGAGGACCCGCGACUCGGACCAAUAGAGUUCAAGAUCGAUUAUGAGGCGUCCCUGAAGAAGGAAGGGGGGAUCCCAGAGGGUCCAGUGUUGGAGUCUCUCCUCAGUGGAGAGACACUCGACAAGAAGGUUGAGACCAAGGAGGAGGAGCCUAUGAGCGAGUGUCAGAAGCUUCUGGUAGGAGACUUCCCCCAUGAGCUGGACGUGGAGGAUAUGGAGGAGGACGUUCCCAAACGCAAGAACCGCACCAAAGGAAGGGCCUGUGGAGUAGGGGGCAUGAGGAAGAGAAAUGAGCCCUCCUCUCUUGAAGACAGAGACAAACCCUACGUCUGUGACAUUUGUGGGAAGCGCUAUAAGAACCGUCCAGGCCUCAGCUACCACUACACUCACACCCACCUGGCAGACGAGGAGGGGGACGAGGACUCUGAACGCCACACCCUGCCCUUCCAACGCAAGAACAACCACAAGCCUAAGAAAGCAGCAGAUGGUUCAGUCAUUCCUAACGGCUACUGUGACUUCUGUCUGGGUGGCUCCAAGAAGACCGGCUGUCCCGAGGACCUCAUCUCCUGCGCUGACUGUGGUCGCUCAGGUCACCCGUCCUGUCUGCAGUUCACGGUGAACAUGACUGCGGCUGUCCGGACCUACCGCUGGCAGUGUAUCGAGUGCAAAUCCUGCAGCCUGUGUGGCACCUCGGAGAACGACGACCAGCUGCUGUUCUGUGACGACUGUGACCGAGGAUACCACAUGUACUGCCUCAGCCCCCCCAUGGCUGAACCCCCGGAGGGGAGCUGGAGUUGCCACCUGUGUCUGAGACAGCUGAAGGAGAAGGCUUCAGCCUACAUCACCCUCACCUAA